CUUUUUAUAUAGGCCUGUAACGGUACAAAUAGCUUUAAUGUGACGCGAGAGACUGUUCUCAUUCUUGUUUAUCUAUGACGUUCCUAAUCUGUGACAUGUGGCCAGUACGUUGCAUUAGAUACUUUUUUGUUUUUUUAAUUAUCUUGCUCGAUACGCAACGAGUAUGCAGUGCUAUUACAAACACAAAUUUCAACGACCAUAUCAGGAAAUAUUCAGUUAAAGAAAAUACUAAUACCACAAAUGUAACAACAUUAAUGAAACAGGGAAAAGAUCAAUACAGUCAUUUCACUCCGAUACCCAAUCCGGCGACAUUUAAGACAAUAGCUGACAAUGAGCUCUCAAGUUCCAGCCAUAGUCGAGGUCUUUUGCAUCACGCGGAUUACGGUGUGCAUGAUUACGAAGACAGUCCACAUCAAGUCUAUGAAUACCACAUUCAAGACACCGCCGGUCAUCAUGGAUUUCAUCACCCUGGCCCCAUCCAUGGCCACGGUGAUCACGGGAACUAUCAUCCCGAUUACUAUGACCAUCAUCCUCAUGGUCAUCACCACAUUGGACAUCAUUACAAACAUCAUGAUCAUGAUCUGGCAGCAAAAACACUGUUAUGGCCAAUAGCUGGGAUUGCACUUCUUGGGGCAGCGGCGGCUCUAGUUACUAACCCAGUUCUACUCCAACUGGGUGUUGUUUCUGGUCGAAAGAAACGCGACACUGAAGAAAUAACCGGCCCAGAUCUAGACGUCAGUGAAUGGUCAACGAAACCACAGACACCUCAACGAUCAGAAGACCAGAACAAUAAACUUGAAUUGAGUAAAUUACCGGUAUUCAAUAGAAUUCAGAAAAAUAGUAAAGAAAGAUUUGGAAAUGUCUCCCCCAUGAAAAAGGCGUCAACGAUCGCAGUCGAUUUAGGUUUUAAAAGUAAAUUAAAGGAAUUGGAGUACAUUCCAAUACCGCUUCAAAGACCUAAAAAAUAAAAAUCUUUUAUAGAAGACAUUUUUGUUCUUAGAAGAGUGUUAAAUAAAUAU